AUGUUGUUCAGUUCGAUAGUUUUCAUGAACAGGACGUUGCGUGGACAGUUGAUAAGCGUUGUUAUCGUUUGCAUAUUAAAGUCUAAUUUUGUUGCGUACACAACACAGAGCCCAGUCAGUGACAAUGCCGAGAAGUUCGAUGGUGAAUUCGACAGUUUUCUAAAGGAUUUGGGAACGUUAAUAUAUAGACCUAAACCAUCUUCAGAUGCCACUAAACGGAUCGAUCACGUUCAUUACACGACAGUUCCAGUCAAGAGUUACAGGAAAAGUCAAAAUGCUCUCAGCGCGCAAAAGUCUGUUCUUGGAGAUGUGCUCAUGCUAAAACUUGUGUCUUAUUACGAAGACAAAUAUAAACUGACACAUAUAAUCCCAACUACCACUGAAAGUAUUACAAUGUUGAAACAAUAUACAAACUCUAUGCGGUUUGCAAACAGAAUAUACAGUCAAGUCGAUAGGAAUGCAGUGGUAAACAGCAGACCUCAAAAUCAGGCAACUUAUAUAGCUAGAAGAAUGCAGCCUCUAAGUGAAAUGAAUGAUGAUGAAGUACCAGAAGUCAUUACCUUAUAG